CGCUUGGGGCUUGCGCCUGACUGCGGGCGCGGGAGAGGCAAAGGCGGCCUCUCGCUCCUGCACGCGCAGCUGCUCUCCCCCCCCCCCGCCCGCUGACGCUUCCGUCGCCUCCACCACAGCUGCGGCAUCACCAACCGCCACUACCUGGCCCCUCCCCUCGCGCGGGGCCGCGCCUCGUGCCGGACAAUAGCGGCGCUGCCGCAGCCGAGUUGUGUCUCACCCAAAUCAGCCCGCCGCCGUCGCUGCAGCCACCCGGGCCCGCUCGCCGGCACCCAUGAGCGGCGGCACGCGGCCGUCCCGGCUGCGGAGCUGACCGGGGGACUUGAGACGGGACUUGCCGUGGCUGCUGCUUCUUCUCGUCCUUCUCCUUCCUCCUCGGCACUUGCUUCCCCCUCAGCCUUCCCUAGGGCUGCGUCGGCGGGCGCGGAGCGGGGUGGGCCGGGGUGCGGGGAAAGCCCCCUCAGCGCGGCUUCUCCUUUGACCGACCCGUUCCCGGCGUGUGGGGCAGGUGAGGGCGGCGGGCCUGGCCUCGCUUCGCUCCGGGAGCCUGGCCUGGCUUUUGUGGGCGCUCCAGAAGACGAAGCGGCGGCGGCGGCGGCGCCUCCGUUUCAAUGGAAGUAUGUUACCAGCUGCCGGUGCUGCCUCUGGACAGGCCGGUCCCGCAGCAUGUCCUCAGCCGCAGAGGAGCCAUCAGCUUCAGCUCCAGCUCCGCGCUCUUCGGCUGCCCCAACCCCAGGCAGCUCUCUCAGAGACGUGGGGCAAUAUCCUAUGACAGUUCUGAUCAAACUGCAUUGUACAUUCGCAUGCUAGGAGAUGUACGAGUAAGAAGUCGGGCAGGAUUUGAAACAGAGAGAAGAGGUUCUCAUCCAUACAUUGAUUUCCGUAUUUUUCACUCAAAUUCUGAAAUUGAUGUUUCUGUGUCUGCAAGAAAUAUACGAAGGUUACUGAGUUUCCAGCGGUACUUGAGAUCUUCCCGUUUCUUCCGUGGUAUCACUCUUCCAAAUUCUUCAAACAUUUUAGAUGAUGAUUAUAAUGGACAAGCUAAGUGUAUGCUAGAAAAAGUUGGAAACUGGAAUUUUGACAUUUUCCUUUUUGACAGGUUAACGAAUGGAAACAGUUUAGUCACCUUAACCUUCCACCUGUUUAAUCUUCAUGGACUUGUAGAGCACUUCCAACUAGAUACAAUGAAGCUCCGCCGAUUUUUAGUAAUGGUUCAAGAAGAUUACCACAGUCACAACCCAUACCACAAUGCAGUUCAUGCUGCUGAUGUGACUCAGGCCAUGCACUGUUUUUUAAAAGAACCUAAGCUUUCCCAGUCCCUGACUCCAUGGGAUACUCUUCUUGGCUUAAUUGCAGCUGCCACUCAUGAUUUGGAUCACCCAGGUGUUAAUCAGCCUUUCCUUAUUAAAACAAACCAUUAUUUAGCAACUUUAUACAAGAAUACCUCAGUAUUGGAAAAUCACCACUGGAGAUCUGCAGUGGGAUUGUUGAGAGAAUCUGGAUUAUUUGCACAUAUGUCACUAGAAAACAGGCAGCUGAUGGAAAGCCAGAUAGGAGCACUGAUACUUGCCACUGAUAUCAGUCGGCAAAAUGAAUAUCUAUCCCUAUUUCGCAGUCAUUUGGACAAGGAAGAUUUAUGCUUAACAGAGGAAAAUCAUCGUCAUCUCAUUCUUCAGAUGGCUUUGAAAUGUGCUGAUAUUUGCAACCCCUGCCGGACUUGGGAAUUAAGCAAGCAGUGGAGUGAAAAAGUAACAGAAGAAUUCUUUCAUCAAGGAGAUGUUGAGAAAAAAUACUGCUUGGGCGUGAGUCCACUGUGUGAUCGACAGACAGAAACCAUUGCCAACAUCCAGAUUGGUUUUAUGACCUAUUUGGUGGAACCAUUAUUCACAGAGUGGGCUCGUUUCUCAAACACCAGACUAUCUCAAACGAUGCUCGGUCAUUUGGGAUUGAAUAAAGCUAGCUGGAAGGGUGUGCAGAGAGAACAAUCCAGCAGCGGUGACGAUACUGAUCCUGCAUUUGAGGAAAUGGACUCUGAUGUUAUACCUCAGGAACACCGACUAUCCUGACCCCAGGAUCUGCUUAACAAAAACUGCCUCUUGCCUGGUAUCUAUGGAACAGGGUUUGAGGAUAAAUUUUGUCUGACUGCCAAGGUUUCAGUGUAAACAAUGCCAGCAUUAUUUAUUUCCAAGUUUUUCCUUUGAUAAAUCAUUUGAACCCAGUUUUCAGUUACAAGACCUGAACAUAGAGCAAUAUGCAUAUGCCUUGUUUGGCUUCUGCAUGGAUCCUUGAAUAUGCAAACCAGAGGAGUGGUUGAAGCUUGACCGAGGGGAAAGUACGAGAAAAUAUUGUUACGUGCCACAUCGCUUUGUUUUUAUUUGUUUUUAGAGAAAAUUUGAAAUCAGGCCUUCAAAGUUGCCACAUGACAUGGUGGAUGAUUCCUCCUCUUGGAAUUUAACAAGACUCAUUCAGUCCUUGUCCAAAAUGUGGAAGAGUGAAGUGCCCCCACUUGGAUGCCUCUGGCAAGAACUGAUGUUUACAAAUGUACUUGGAAACUAUAGGUUCUAAAUUAAUCUUUCUGCAUGGCUGUGAAGGAACCACUAAUUUUUUAAAAAAGGAAAACAAAGAGAUCAAAUCUGAAACUGCAGCUCAUUUUCCUGCUAGUAAAAAAGAAAGUAUCCCAUGUGUCAUAAUUUUGGCUGUGCAUUGGAAAGAGCAUUUUUUUACAUAAAGCACAGCCAAGCUUUUACUCCAGUGCAGAAUGGGAAUGCAAUUUACAGCGGGCAGAAAUACUUCUGGAUUUUGGGAGGGGAUGUGGGAUGGUAUAGAGGAGGAGAAGAAGAGUCUUCAUUGUGUUAAGAUUCUGCCGUGGAAACAUUUGCAUGUUGUUUUCGCUAUUGUACACUUGAACUGCACAUGCAAGGGAAAACAGGUGGAAUGAUUAUGAACACCAGAAACAGCUCAGGGUAUUUGCCAAUCUGAAAUAAAGUGGGAUGGGAAGUGUGUCCUUCAGAACAAGGGUACAAAUGCCCCUUUCGCUGCAGUGUGUGUGUAUGUUUGUGUGUUUGUGUGUGUGUGUGAGAGAGAGAGAGAGAGAGAGAGAGAAAGUGUGUGUGUUUGUGUGUGUGUGAAUACUUGGGGAUGGGGGUGGGUUGGGGAGGAAGGGAACAAUAGGAAGGAUUUGAAAGGCAAUUUUUUUUAUUUAUUCUUUUUAGAAUGUGACAUUUUCAUGAGCAGCCACAGGGGGGAAAGGAACAGGUUGCUACAGCUGCCUUAAACUAUGCACAAAGCUAAGUGACCAAAUUUUGUUGUUGAUUGAAAAAGUGCAUUGUUUACUUAUUCCUCCCUCUACUGAAAUGCUCCCCGUUAUGGGGUUUUUUGAUGUGAAAAGGAGAAAAUGUUUUUAAGGACAAAUUUUAAGGACUAAUUUUUAAUCUUCAAGCAUUCCUUUUUUGUAAUUUGUUUUUUACAUUGUUUUAAGUACUGUAAGCACAACUGUAAUCUAUUUUGAGGAAUUGGUGCUUUCUUUUUGUUCAUUUGUAAUUCCCUUGUUACUGUAAAGACUGUUUAUUCCAUUCUGUUUACAGUUUGCAACAGCCAUUUUUGGGAGAGAGCUUCAGUGUAAAGCCAUUUGUAAAAGGCUUUGCCAUACUCAUUUUAAUGUGCCUGUUGCUGUUAACUUUUGAUUAAUAAUAAAAAUCUUUUCACAUUA